AUGGUGCUCACUGGCUGUACGAUCUACAUCAUGGUCUCUUGCACGAUACUUGGUGCUGAGUUUGAUGUGCUCCGUUUGCCAUUGCAACGUAAUGAGAUGGAAAUCACGCAGACAAGUGGCAUUGCAGGUCCUUCAAAAGAAUAUGUCCAUGGUAAAGAAUGUGCCGCGGAUUUGCUGGUAAAAAUGAUUGAAAAUGGUCCCCGAGAGUUUCUGUUCAAUAGAAAACAGCUUCAAAGUGUUCUCCGUAUGGCUGCCGACGUAUUCUUGGACGAGUGCUCUCUUCUCGAGAUCCCAUUACCUUGUAUGGUGUACGGAGAUACACACGGCCAAUACUCCGAUCUUUUGCGCUGGUUCAACCUGAAUGGUUGGCCUCAUGAGACGCGAUGCGUUUUUCUUGGCGACUUUGUUGACCGAGGCUCCCACGGCGUUGAGCUCUUCGCUCUUCUUGCAUGUCUCAAGGUGGGAUCAGGAGAUAAAUAA